AUGAUCUGUCGACAGUGCCGCUCGUCUCUUCUCUCUCGCAUACCUUCCGCCCGACCCGUAUCAGCCGCAUACUCAUACUCACAUGUCCCAUCACGACAAGCGCAACGAUUCUACAGCGCCGCAGCACCAGAACCAGCACCAACCGCACCACCAGCAGCAGCCGACCAAGCUGUACCGAAAGCCGCUCCCAAGACUGCAAAAGUAGUCAGCAGUGUUCCCGCAGGCACGAAGCUAGCUGGCUUGAACUACGAGAAGAACAAGCAGGAUCCAAUUGCGCUGGAAGACCAUGAAUAUCCAGACUGGCUGUGGACGUUGCUGGACAAGAGUGCGAAAAAAUCAGAGGCUGGAGCUGGCUCGGUUGAUGUCUCGACAAUGAACAAGAAGGCUCGUAGGAAGCAUGAGAAGAAGAUGGCUGCGCUAGCUGCUUCGCUGCCGCGUACCAUCCCCGUACACGAACAGGCUACCGACAUCACGCCCGCCGAGUACAAUGCUGCUACCGCCACGGGAGAAGCGCCUGCUGAUCACAUUGAGGUAGCCACUGCUGGACUGGCUACUCGGAGCGAAAUCACCAAGUCUGCCCGUAAUGCGAGAAGAAAGGCAAUUAAGGAGUCUAACUUCUUGCGUGGAUUGUAG